AUGUCGAGCUCAACCUAUAGCAAUUUAGAAAACUGUAAUAAUUCACUACUGGAAUCAAUUCAAUUACUUCGAAACUCUAGUGAGUUAUUAAGAGAAACAACAAAAGAUAGUUUGAGAUUAAAACAAGUUUUGACUUCAACUAGAACUUAUGGAUUGGUACCAAAAUUAGAUGUUGAAGAUGCCAAAGAGAAUUACAGAAAUACAAUAACGCCCCAGAUAAUGAAACACUAUGUUAAGAUUCAGAAUGAGGUAAACAAACUUGAACAUAAAAGAAAUAACUUAUCUUCAACCUUAACAAACUUACGUGAAAAAUUGAAACGAUAUAAAUCAAACGAUCAAGAAAUAAAUUUUGAACAAUUGUUGAAAGAUGCUAGAUACGAUGAAUUUAAAGUUAGGAAGUUGAGAGACUUAAGGGCACAUAAGUUAAGAUUAAAAUAUAGUUUAAAUCUGAGGCUCUCUUAG